UCCUUCAAAGGAUACAAUCGCUUCACCAAUGCAGAAGAAGAAGCUAAGCCUGUGACUACAAAGAUCUACCAGGUGAGCAUGGGAGAAUUUCUGGACCAAAACUAUACGGACCUGCAAAAAUGAAUCAAGCUCCUCCAACACAUAGCCCCAACCCCAAUUAUACAUGGAUGCCAUUACCACCUUCGUUUGACGACUGUCCUCCUGGGCUGGAAUAUUUAUCCCAACUUGAUUGGUUAUUAAUCCACCAGAAGUAUGAAGUUCUGGAGAUUAUCACGUCUUUUGAAACAGCCAACAAGUACGAAGUGAGAAACAGGCUGGGAGAAAUGGUGUAUUUCGCCAGAGAAGACAGCAACUGGUUUAUGAGGAAUUGCCUCGCGGCCUUGCGGCCUUUCACCAUGGUGAUCUCGAACAACGUGGGAGAGCCGGUCAUCCAUCUCGUGAGACCUUUCCGUUGUGACGGCUGCUGCUGCCCGUGUUGCUUGCAAGAAUUGGAAAUCCAGGCCCCGCCAGGCUUACCCAUUGGCUACAUCCAGCAGCUGUGGCACCCCUGUCUGCCCAAAUUUGUAAUUCAAGACAAAGCUCACAAAGAUGUCCUGAAAAUCGUUGGACCUUGCAUAACGUCUGCCUGCUUUGGCGAUGUGGUAUUUGAGGUGAUGGCACUAGAUGAAAAGACCAGCGUCGGAAGGAUUGCUAAGAAGUGGGGAGGUGUUCUCCAGGAGUUCUUCACGGAUGUGGAUUUCCUCGGAAUUUCAUUCCCUCUUGAUUUGGAUGUUAAAAUGAAAGCAGUGAUGCUUGGGGCUGGUUUUCUCCUUGAUUUCAUUUUCUUUGAAGAAGGAACAUGUGGAGGAAGGUGGACUGUUUGGGGUUAAAAAACUGACCAUCCUUGCAUUAUAAAACCUCUAGAGAAA